UCUCACGGCGAGAAGCUUAUUGGUCAAGUCAACGUUUCUGUAUUGCUAGAGUUUCAGUAAUUCCUUGUCUGGCCCAAUCACGCUCGUGCAAACUACAGAAGCGCGCUGGAGGAGCGGCCGCGUGCCGCUGCCGGUUAAGCCAGGAGUCGUUCGCUGUCUUCGCCGAACAGGACUAUGCCGCUCAUCGGCCCUGCAGGACUCAAGUGACACAGUAAUGUUGGCUUUAGCUGCAGGGCAUCACACUACGGCAAGACAUGGCGGAGGAAGACCUUCCGAGCGGUAUCCAUACCGCUCAUGACUCGGGAUACUCGUCGGGCGACAUACUGAGGGUUCAGGAGUUGGAGAAUGAGAACCAAACUUUGGCCGAAAAGCUCAGCAAUGCAUCUCAACAAAUAGCGGAAUACGAGAAUGGAAAACGAGUUCUUGAGGCCCGUAUACGGCAACUCGAACGUAUACAACAACGUCAAAAUGCUUUACCCGAAGAGGCAGAGGAUGGAGCACAGGCAGCUGCUCAGCCAGCGCGACCAGGCGUGGGCCGCUCGUUCAGCUUCAUGUCUCCGCGCAAGCCUUCGCCGGUGUCAACAUCUGCACACCGGGAGAAGGAGCUUGAAGCAUCCUUGAUCAAAGAACAGACCCUGCGCAUUGCGGCCGAGCAGAAAGUCAAGGAUGUCACUGCGGAGAUUGAGGAGCUGAGUGAGAACCUGUUCCAAGAGGCCAACGAAAUGGUUGCGGCAGAGAGAAAGGAGAACGCGGAGUUGAAGAAGAAGAUCCAGGAAUUAGAGGGUAAGGUUAAAGACCUGACGAGUCAGGUCGGAGAGCACGUCGUGGCGGGCAACCCAGCAGGCUUACGACGCGAGGUCGUCAGACUCGGCGAGAAAGUGAAGGUGCUCGAGGAGCGUGAUGUUGACCGCAAGCGCAGGCUGGAGACUAUUGAAGCGGCCAGUAAACGGGUUGAGCGGGUGAAGGCAAUGCUCGUUCCGCCCUGAAGCGAGCUUGCAGGUCUACCAUCUAUCAGUGAUGCCGACCCAUCGGGAUGUUUCCGAAAGCCGGAGAGAUUGAGGCUGGCCUGGAAAUCUGUUGAUACGUCCUUGGAAUCAGCGACGAUACGGAACCGACUCGCCACACCACCGUGCGGACGGAGGAACGUACUGCGCCGCGUACACGCAGUCUGUGGUCGCAAGUUACGCCUUCUCCCAUCGCAAGGCAAAGCGUACGGAGAUAGUCCAUGAGGCUACUGCCUGCACGUACGAGCUUGGAACGCCAUACGAGACCAUUGGCUUA